AUCAAGACGUGACGAAGCGCCUGUGACACCAUGCAGUGUCGGAGAGAGCGUCGGCCACGUCAAUCUAAUGAUUGAAUAUUCAAUACUUACGUACUUCAUUGGCAUGGUGAAUUACAUUCUCGUAUAUGUACAGCGAUGCAUCAAGUCCUGCUCUUCUCGCUAGCGCUGCAGUACCCUUCAAGGGCUGCCAGCACAAGGUGAAAGAGAGCGUUCACGGUCCGCCCCGCGGAUGGUACAAGCAUGCUCCCGCCCCCAAGCACUACAUGCUCGAGCUCAAGAUCGCUCUGCCUCAACCCAAAUUCCCAGAACUCGAGCAGCACCUCUGGGAAAUAAGCGACCCGAGCCACCCACGUUAUGGGGCGCACCUGUCGAAGCAAGAGACCGAAGCACUCAUGGCUCCCCAUCCCGAGACUCUGGAUGUGGUCAGCGAGUGGCUUGCUUCACACGGCAUGAUGGAAGAAGAUGUCAUCCGUUCAUCUGCAAACGAUUGGGUCACUAUCCGUGUCCCAGUCGGCCUCGCCGAAGAGAUGCUGGAUACCACAUACCAUAUCUACAAGCAUACUCGGACUGGAGACAGCAUCGUCCGGACGACGAGUUAUAGUCUCCCCGAGGUAUUGCACGACCACAUCGAUCUCAUCCAGCCUACGACCAUGUUCGCCCGUUUCAAGGCGUUGGCGAGCACGCUGCACUGGACUGACCAGGUGCAGCCUACGGUCUUGAGCGCAUCCGGCGAAACGAUCACAGGGCCGGCAGGCAAUCAGGUUGAUGCAAGUUGCAACAGAACGAUCACGGUCCCAUGCUUGAGGCAGUUGUAUAAUGCGGUGGAUUACAAGACAUCUGCCACAAACUGCAACAAGCUGGGUCUCACUGGUUAUCUUGAGCAAUAUGCCAACGACAGGGACCUCCAGCAAUCCUACCGGCUCCAAAAUCCAUCUGCUUAUGGUUCAAACUACACUUUUGUUUCCGUUCACGGUGGAACGAACAACCAGAGCUAUGCGGCGGCAGGUCUCGAGGCUAACCUUGACACUCAAUUCGGAUUUGGCCUCACCUGGCCGACUCCCGGCACGUUCUACUCGACCGGUGGCAGCCCCCCUUUCGACCCUGAUGCCACCACGGCGACUAAUACAAACGAGCCUUACUCAUACUGGCUUGAAUACAUUCUUUCGCACGAUACAAUUCCUCAGACGAUCUCUACCAGUUACGGUGACGAUGAACAGACUGUCCCGCAUACCUACGCGACGCGCGUUUGCGCCGGCAUGGCAGCUAUCGGUGCUCGUGGAGUCUCUCUGAUGUUCUCCUCUGGUGAUCAUGGUGUUGGUGAUGGUGAUCCCGACCCUACCACACAAAUGUGCUACUCCAAUGACGGGCGCAAUGUCACGAAAUUCAUACCUUCUUUCCCUGCUUCCUGCCCAUACGUGACCACUGUUGGUGGUACUACCAGUAUCCCGGAGACUGCCGUAACAUUCUCGGGUGGUGGCUUCAGCAACUAUUUCGCUCGUCCUGCGUACCAAGAUGCUGCCGUCUCAGAGUACUUGGAAAAACUCGCUCCCGGGACCUAUAAGGGUCUUUACAAUUCCUCCGGGCGUGCAUACCCCGACGUGGCAGCGCAAGCGCUCACCUUCUCCGUCAUCUACCAAGGCCGGACAUCGUCAGUGUCUGGCACAUCCUGUGCCGCGCCCACAUUCGCUGCGUUCGUGUCCAUGCUGAACGAUGCACGCAUCAAUGCUGGAAAGGCUCCUCUUGGUUUUCUGAACCCGUUCUUAUAUUCCAGUGGCUACAAAGCACUAAAUGAUAUUACCUAUGGUGAGAACCCAGGAUGUGGAACUCAGGGCUUCAAUGCCACUGUUGGAUGGGAUCCUGUCACUGGAUACGGCACACCUAACUUCGAGAAGUUGAAGGACUUGGUCUUGGCCAUGCCCUAGAUAUCUAUAAAAUAUGUAUACUAGAAUCAUAAUAUUAAGAUGCAUCUAAGUGCAUCGUGACUCCUUCAAUGCUUCACAGGACCAGUGGGCAAGAGGUACCCGAAGACCAAGCAAUUGAACCACAAAACAAAAUUGGGCAAAAUUUGCAGUAGGAAGGCGAUGGUAUUUCCACCUGCGCAUCUUUGCCUUGAAGAGCUCCGUGAAUUGGCAGAAAUCACAGAAUGACCACUUCUGACGUCGAGAGUAUGGUGUACAGCGGAACGGCAUCAGAUUACAUAGAAUCUAGAAACUAAAUUAUAUUGGACAAUAUUUAUACGAGAGCCCACAUCCACAACAUGUAAUCAUAUCUUGACUUAUUCGUAAGAAAAAUUAAC